AUGAAGUGGUAUAACAAUCCGAUUGUCAAUCCCUUCUACCGUGACGAGCGGGACGAGGCGCCAGAAGUGAUUGCGAAAACCGCCCCAACCGAUGAGAAGUCCUCGCCGACAACUAAGGAAGGAAAUGUUCAAACUGCAGUAGCACAAGACCCUGAAAAGGGUUCUGCACCACAGUUUAUCUCUGAGAGUGUGGAAGAUCUGAAUAACUCGGACUUCCAGUUUGGUAUCAAGAAAGUCGAGGCGAUUGCGACGAUAUGGUCAAAGAAGGAGCUGUAUCUUCUCUACGCUUGGAUAUGGUUAAUGUACUGCAUUCUAUCGCUUCAGAGUCAAUCGUCCUUUUCGCUUUUCCCAUAUGCGUAUAGUUCGUUCAACGGUCACAGUUUGAUAUCUACUUCCGCAGUUGUCGCCUCAAUCGUCGGUGGUGUCCUACGUCUUCCUAUUGGCAAGGUUAUCGAUAUCUGGGGCCGCGCAGAAGGAUUUGUUAUCUUCGCGAUAAUAUUCCUCAUUGGGCUCGUUAUGCUCGCCGCUACAGACGGAGUCGCUACAUAUGCUGCUGCGUACGUAUUCAAUCAAGUGGGAUUCACGGGUAUUUCGUACAUUAUGGCUGUCUUUGUGGCGGAUACAACGAGGUUGAGGAAUCGAGGGUUGAUGUUUGCUUAUACCUCGUCGCCGUAUAUCAUGACGACAUUUUUGGCCCCAAAAUUGGCACAGGCUUGGUUGGACCACUCGACUUGGAGAUGGGGCUUCGGAGUCUUCUGUAUCAUCUUGCCCGUUGUCUUCGCUCCUUUUGUAGCAUUAUUAUUUGUUAAGCAGAAUCAGGCAAUGAAGACUGGUUUGCUUAGGAAAGAGAAGAGUGGAAGAACAUUAGUUCAAAGUUUGAAGCAUUAUGCCAUCGAGUUUGACGCCGUCGGAAUGUUGAUCCUUAUGGCCGGGUUUGUCCUCUUCCUUUUGCCAUUCAAUCUUGCUGGCUCUCUCCCAGAGUCGUGGAGACGCAGCGACAUCAUUUCAAUGAUAGUAGUCGGAUUUGUUCUCUUGGUUUUUUUCCCAGUCUACGAGAGGUAUUGGGCACCCAAAUCUUUCAUUCCAUGGAGGCUACUCCGUGACCGAACGAUCUUUGGGGGUUGCUUAACAAUUGGCAGCUUGUUCUUCGGCUUUUACUGCUGGGAUCUGUAUUUCAGUUCCUUCUUGCAGGUCGUCUUUAACCUGGAUGUCACACAAGCUGGAUACGUUGGUAAUAUUUACAGCAUCGGUUCGACAUUUUGGGCUAUUGUGGUCGGAUACCUUAUUCGCCGGACGAAUCGGUACAAAUGGAUUGGAGUUUUGUUCGUACCUGUCCAUAUCCUCGGUGCCGGCCUGAUGAUACAUUUCCGUCAACCAUGGCAGUCGAUUGGAUUCGUUAUCAUGUGCCAGAUCUUUAUUGCCUUCGCUGGCGGCAGUCUCGUCAUCUGUCAUGAGAUUGCAGGUCUCGCUGUCGGCACACAUGCUGAUAUUGCCAUGAUCCUCGCUCUACUAUACUUAGCCGCAGCAAUCGGUGGAGCAAUGGGGAGUUCUGUCAGUGGCGCUAUAUGGCAGAAUACUUUCCCAGAACUCCUCUUCAAGGCAUUACCCGCAGAGUUGAAGGGUGAAGUGGCCAACAUCGUGUACAGCCUUCCUACACAACUAAGCUAUCCUCCUGGAAGCCCUGGUAGGGACGCAAUCGUGUAUGCUUAUGGGGUGGCACAACAGAGAAUGUGCAUUGCUGCCACAGCCAUGGCGUCAGUGACACUGGUCGGGGUUUGGAUGUGGCGGGAUAUUAGGUUGGAUAACAAGAAGCAGGUGAAGGGGACUGUCCUGUAA